AUUCGAUUCCAAUAAAGAAAACAGCAUGGGUAGUACAAACUCGAAGGUUUCGGUAGCUCCUGCGAAGGAAGACGUUAACCAAGAGGUGGUUGUCACGAACCCUCCGAGCACUCCAAGUCUCCCAAAGAAGAAUUAUGAUGAGGAACCGUUAUUAAAGGCCAACCCAAGGCGAUUCGUCUUAUUCCCCAUACAGUAUCAUGAU